AUGCAUGCGGGUGACGCAGGCCUUCUGCUUGUAGCGAGAGACUUCCCUUCCGACAUCUCGGUCAACUACAUCUCCCCGUGGGCAGGAGCAUAUCAUCGGCCAGUGCUAGACUCAUCGCUUCAGGCGCUCAAGGAAAUCAACCAAGUGCAACGGACGUAUGGCUUUUUCAAGCGGGUUGCAGCCAACGAGUCAGCAGUGAGUAUCUUAAUCAAGGGCGAGGAGCACUUUGAAUCCCCAUCCCAGGAAUACCUGGAUUACCAGAGUGUGCGUACUAAUAUCUAG